GUAAACGAAAAGUGGUUCCCAGAGGAAUUCACUCGACUAUGGUAUGCUCUUUUUAAGGUGUGCCUCAUUCCAACUUCAGCUCAUGGUACGAACCCAGCAUCGGCUCACAUGGCCAAUAUGAAGGUCGUUGCAGUGACUUCUGACAAGCAUGGUAAUAUCAACUACAAGGACCUAGCCGCUAAGGCUGAACAGUACAAGGAUGAAUUAGCCGCCAUUAUGGUGACCUAUCCUUCAACCCACGGAGUCUUCGAGUCAUCAAUUCGUGAUGUUAUUGACAAAGUUCAUGAGCAUGGUGGUCAGGUGUACCUUGACGGAGCGAAUAUGAACGCACAGGUAGGACUCUGCCGUCCUGGUGAUUACGGUAGCGAUGUAUCCCAUUUGAACCUACACAAGACAUUCUGCAUUCCACAUGGUGGUGGUGGACCAGGAAUUGGACCGAUUGGAGUAAAGAAACAUCUUGCACCGUUCCUACCAGGUCACCCUGUAAUUCCCGUCGAAGGUCGAUCACAUGGAGCCGUCGCUGGCGCACCUUGGGGCUCAGCCAGCAUCUUGCCAAUUACUUGGGCCUACAUUCACGAGCAAGGACUAGUUGCGCAUGAAUUUAUCCUUGACUGUAAGCCAUUCAAGAAAUCAGCUGGAGUUGAUGUCGUUGACAUCGCUAAAAGACUUAUGGACUAUGGACAUUUGAAACGCAUUUGCUCUGCGAUUGUAUUUUUUUCGUCUGUCACUCAACCUCCCAAAGUGCAUUUUCAAAGUCCAAUGACACGUCUCACAUUGCAGAUGGCACCACACACAUUGGCAAAGGUUGCGUCGGAUAAUUGGGAUUUGCCGUAUUCCCGCGAAUUGGCCGCAUUCCCGAAACCAUGGUGCCACCAUAAGGGUUGGCCCACUACCGGACGUAUUGACGACUCGUACGGUGACAAAAAUCUCGUCUGCACCUGCCCUCCAAUGGAAGCCUACAUGUAA